AUGGCGAGGAGAAGGCUUCUCGCGCUCGCGCUCCGGCUCCAUGGGAGGCCUCAGGCAACGCAGCCGUGGCGGCGACCCCCGCCCCGGUUCCUCUCCUCAGCGGCAUCCGGCCCCCUCGACCGCCUGAAGUCGCCGCCUUUCGCGCGGCCGGCUGCCCGGAACCCCGCCUCCUACCCAUGGGAUCGAUUCGGAGGAGGGCAGAAGAGGACCAUGUUCAUCCAGACGCAGUCGACCCCGAACCCGCAGUCACUCAUGUUCUAUCCUGGAAAGCCAGUUAUGAAGGUUGGGAGCUCUGAUUUCCCUAAUGCUCGCACUGCGAUGACAUCCCCUUUGGCUAAGGCGCUGUUUGCCAUUGAUGGAGUAACCAGGGUAUUCUUUGGAUCUGAUUUUGUAACUGUUACAAAAUCAGAAGAAGCUUCUUGGGAUUACCUCAAGCCUGAGGUUUUUGCUGCGAUAAUGGAUUUUUACUCAUCUGGACAACCACUUUUUCUGGACUCAAAUGCUGCAGCUUCUAUGGACACAGCGAUUCAUGAGGAUGAUUCAGAAAUAGUUGCCAUGAUAAAAGAAUUGUUGGAGACUCAGAUUCACCAGCUGUUCAAGAUGAUGGUGGUGACAUUGAAUACCGAGGAUUCGAUCCGUGAAGAAAACGGGAUAGUUAAGCUUAAAAUGCAAGGUGCCUGCAGCGGCUGUCCAAGUUCAUCAGUGACAUUGAAGUCUGGGAUAGAAAACAUGCUUAUGCACUAUGUUCCUGAGGUGAAAGGAGUAGAGCAGGAGUUUGAUGGUGAUGAGGAAGCUGAACUGGCUGGAUAG